AUGGCACGUAUCUUCAUCACCGGCUCCAGCGACGGCAUUGGGCAAGCUGCCGCCAAACUCCUCUCCGAGCAAGGCCACUCGGUCGUCCUGCACGCCCGGAAUGCAGACCGCGCCGCAUCAGCACACAAAGCCGUCCCAAAAGCAGAGACAGUCCUAGUCGGCGACUUGAGUUCGAUUGCGGAAACGAAGAAACUAGCAGAGGAGGCAAAUAAGCUAUCGCCAUUCGACACGGUCAUCCACAACGCGGGCAUCGGCUACGGCGGAACCUCCAGCCAGGAGAUCACCAAGGACAAGAUCUCAGCCGUCUUUGCUGUCAACACCUUAGCCCCGUACAUCCUGACCUGCUUGAUGGAGCGGCCAAAGUCCCGACUUCUCUACAUGAGCUCGGACAGCCACUACGGCGGCGACGAGAGCUUGAAAAACGCCACACAGUCCCACUCGUACGGAAACAGCAAGCUGCACGACGUGAUGCUCGCAAACGCAUUCGCGCGACGGUGGGGGAAUGAAAUCCAGGUCGUCAGUAUGCACCCCGGCUGGGUACGGACCAAAAUGGGAGGCAGCAUGGCGCCCGGCGGCUCAGACAAGCCGGCCAAAGCACUGGCCGAGUGGGCGGUCGGAAAGGGGCCCCUGGCGAGUCUGAAGAGCGGUGCGUUCUUCACGACGAGCGGCGAGGAGUCUGCCCAUCCUGGGGCUGGCAAGGUCGAGAAGCAGGAGGAGUUGUUGGGGAUUUGCAGGGAGGUGUCGGGGGUUGGGGUUGGGGUUGGGGAGUCAGGUUAA